UGAUGGAGGCGCUGUAUCACCGCUUUUAUCACUAGGACACCAUUAUCGACCAAAGACAGAUACAAACUUCGUGUAGAAUGAUGGCGACUUGGGCCAGGUUAGGUGCUAGUUUCCGGAGUGUAAUAAGAAAUGUGUCGUUUCACAGAAGUGUAUGGUACGGCGGUACUAUCGGAGCUGGCGCGUUGGGCUAUAUUUUAGCCAGUGGAUUUAUUCGCUACAAGUAUCAACCGCAAUGCAAGUUUUGGCCCUACAUCGUGUACGCGGAGGACGCUAAGGAAGCGGAGACCUCGGUUCAACCUGUGUCAACCAGACGUCUGCGAUUUAACCAGUUUGCCUCCAUGUUCUAUGAACAAGAGCCAUAUAUGACACCCAGAGACUUCCUCCAUUCAGUCUUGAUGGAAAAGGUUGACCCAAUCACCUCUGCAUGUUACAACUUGCAUUCACUACAAUCAUACAGCAAACUACAGAAAAAGAUACUUUCCAAAUCAGAUGUGGAGGAGAUGAUGAAGGUUGCUUCCAAGGCUGCGGCAGGAAAUAACCUAUUCAGAGGAAUUGGAGACAAAGGGCUAAUCUCUUACACAGAAUACCUGUUUCUCUUAACUAUUCUUACAAAACCUGAAACAGGAUUUCAUAUUGCUUUCAAAAUGCUUGAUAUUGAUGGUAAUGAGCAUGUGGACAGGAAGGAAUUUCAGAAGCUCAAGAAAAUAAUUGGACCAAGGAAAGCGUUUCUAAAGAAAGAUGUGGCAGAGGUUGCUGAUGAGGUCGAUACCACACUACAGGUGUUUUUCUUUGGGAAAAAUGGCUUAAGAAAACUGCACUACAAUGAUUUCUGCAGUUUCAUGGAAGACUUGCAGGCAGAGGUGCAAGAAAUGGAGUUCCUACAGUUUUCUAAAGGGAUGAAGACCAUGAGGCGAGAGGACUUUGCUGAAUGGCUGCUUCAUUACACCAAUGAAGAAGACAAUGAGGCCUACUGGGAAAACAUGAGGAAGAGGAUCCCGACUGGACAGAGCAUUACCUUUGAGGAAUUUAAAGAAUUCUGUCUCUUUACUUACCAUAUGGAGGACUUUGUCUUCUCAAUCAAAAUGAUGAGUGAUGCCAAUAAGCCAAUAGGAAUGGCUCAGUUUAAACGAGCAGUGAAGAUAGCAACAGGUCAUGACCUUUCAGAGAAUGUUUUGGACACAGUUUUUAAGAUCUUUGACCUGGAUGGGGACAACUGUCUGAGCCAUAAAGAGUUCCUCUGUGUGAUGAAAGACAGAGUACUUCGUGGGCUUAGGAAUCAAUCCCAAAGCGACAUUUCUGGCUACUGGAAAUGUGUGAAAAGAGAGACACUGCAAGGAGCUAAAGAGGCACUCUCGGGAUCACGAAGCCCUGUCUAAUAGGAAGAGGGGAUUCAAGAGGAGAUUUAUACACACCUACAUGCAAGAGUUUGUUGUGCUGACGAUUACAAAUAUAUUUUACUUAAUGUUUACAUGGGCCCAAAAUAUAUUGCUAAUGAAGUAAUAUGGUUAUUGGCCCAAAGCAUAAAUUGUGAAUACAAUUAAUAUAAAGGUUAUCUGAAAUGUAAAAAAAAAAAAGUCGUGUCACUGCCUGCCAAGACUGUGACAUUGUAUUUAGCUUUGAAUUAUUUUGUGAAAUUAAAUUUCAGCCCUGUGCACUCCAACAAAAUAGCACUGUCUGUUUAGAUAGGUUUUGGUCUUGUGAGUUGGACACAAGAAACACUUUUUUAUUUUGUCUUUAUUUGUAAUAUUGGUGUGGUGUUGUUUACUUGGAACUUUUUUAUUCUUAAUGAUGUGAAGCUUUGCUGUUAUAAGAGGUUAUAACAUUAUCCUGUGGAUAUUCUGCAUGCUACAGAUUUAAUGAAUGAAUUCAAUUAUCACACCAUAACUUUAGCACCUUUAUGCUUUAGUCACUUUGAGGCGGUUUCCCGGACAGUGUUUAAAUUAAUCCAGGACUAGGCCUCAUAUCAGGACAUUUAAGUCGUUUUUACAAACAUACCUUACAAAAAACAAUACUGAUGUCAAUCUUGAGACAAAACAAUUGCUGAUUUAUAUUAAAAUAUGUCAGUACAAGGUGUUUUUAAAUUAAGGUAGCUCAAACAUGCAUUUUAGUCUGAGACCAGGAUAGGUCCCUGUCCAGGAAACAGCCCCUUUAUGAUUUAGUGACUUGGAUUUUAACUAUAAAGCAUAUUGUAUAGGUGGUAAGUGGUAAAAUGAUGAACUCCAUUGUCAUUAAGCUUAUUGAGUGUUGUUCAGAUGUGUUGAAAUCCUGUUUGCCUCCUUCAAAUUGAACACUCCUUUAUUGAACACACUUUAUUUCUUUUAUUUUGAUGAUUGGUGAAACUGUUUAGUAGCCUAUUUGGUUUGUGGGAAUUUUCGGUGUGAUAUCACAGAAUUGCUGUGUCUUGAAAGAAACUGUAGUCAUCUCUAGCCUCAGUUUUUUAAAAUUUGUGAAUAAAUUUUUAUUUUUACUUUUAA